CAUAUUGGGUUAUCACAUUUAGCUAUGGGUAUAUGGAGGAGAACAAAAUGCUGGAAACAGAUUACCCAUGUGUUGAGCCUCCGUUCAUUUUGACUAAAGACCGAAGCUAGAGAUAUUGAAGACGAGAGGGUCACUUUAUCAGGGAUUGAAUCAGAGUCUAGUAUCGAAAACAUGGAAAAUUGGGUCAAAGAUGUGCCUAGGGAAAUCGAAGGUGAAAAUGCAGACAAGGUGUUUGCUGAAAUUUUCAGUAAUAUUGAAUCACCACCCAUUGUUUCCAAGAGCAUCCUAGACGUAGAUGUUUUAAAACAAAGUGACGGAGAUGGGGAUACACGAAGAGAAAAUAUAGUCGAGUUGGAAGAUGAAAACAAAACCUCGGAUAUUUCAUACUAUGAUGCAUCCCUAGAGGUUAAAAUUGAGUAUGAGGAACACUCAAAAAAUAAGGAAGGCAAGGUGAUCGAUGAAUUUCCUCAAUGAGAUGUCGUCGGAUUUCUAGAGGCACUUUGCCCAAAGAGAAGGGAUGAGAAAGAGAGUUUUGUGAAAAUUGCCUCGCAAGGCUUAGAGCAUGAUUUUCCAAUGAAUUUUAAUAAGAUAAACAAAAAACUCUUGACUUGACUAUGAUAAAGGCUAGUGUUAGUGAAAGAAUGGAGAUUGCCGAUAAGGUUGCUAUUAUUUCUAAAGCCAAAACACUGAGUGCAAAUGCUCAUGUUUUCUCUUGUAUGCCGAAAGUGUCAUUAAUGGAUCCUGCCUAUGGUUUUGGGCAAAUUCACUUCAUUUCUUCUAACGUUGGAUUGAAAUUUAAUGGGGUCAUUGAAAGUUCUGUGAUGGAUAAGUUCUACAACUGUGACGAAUCUUAUGUGUUCCUUGUGAAUUCUUUGGUGAUGACUAUAUACUCAAAUGUGGGAAGGUUUGGUUUGGCAAGCUACUGAGUAGAAUUAUGGCUCACGGAAAUCUGAUGUUAGACUUUUAUGCUUGGAGUGAGGAACAAAAGCUUUGUAAGGGUGCCAUGGGUGGAUCUAAAGAUGAUUUGGAUGAUUUGAGAAGGAUCUUUUAUCGAAUGGAUGAGGAUGAUGUCAUGUCUUGGACUGAUAAGAUAUGUACAAAGCAGAUGUUAUGAUAUGGAAGCCAUUAAUUCUCUGAUUAGCAUGUAUGCCAAGUGUGGAAGGAUGGAAGAAGUCUGGAAAGCUUUUGAACUUUUUAGCCAGAUAAACUCUAAAGUUGGUGUUAUUUUUCCUCUACUUGCAUUUGAUUUGGAGUUCUCAGCAGCAAAGCGUCAUAGUAUUCGAGUUUUUGCUGUGCUAAGAGGAUUACUCCAAAUAUUUCUCUUCAUAUGUUUGUUUGGAUCAACAACUUUGUUAUGCAGUAGGGAAGCGUCUAAAGGAGUUUUUGUUGGCGUCAUCUUAUCAAUGUUGUUGAUAGUAGUGAAGAUGAAAUCCCUAAUGAAAAUAAAUGGUGUUAACACCCUUUACAGAGCGAAAUUUAUGCAGGAUUGCAUAAUGGGUUUAUUCGCACUGCUCCCUAUUAGCAGUACUUCUGGUAAUCUUCAAGUUGUACUCUGGAAGCACAGGCCAAGCAUGUUUACUGGAAGGUGAAAGUACUGCAUGUACUAAAGUGAGCCAUGGAGCAGGUUUUGAAAUAUUGGGAAACCAAGGAUUUCUAAUUGGAGCAGUAAAUUGUAAAAUGCUUCAUUGGAUUUCAGUUUUCCAUGUCAAACCUUAUGGACAAGGUUGCUUAAAGGGGGAUUGAAUGUUGCGAAAUGAAGGCUCAGCUUGGGUCAAAUUGGGUGUUUUGCGGGUUGUCAUAGAUACGGGCUGGUUAUAGUUGAAGCCCAAGUCUGCAGAGUCCGAGUUCAGAGCCCAAGUUCCUUUUAAUUGACAGCUUAGCCUCUUAGUCAGCAUUUUUAUCUUCUUGUUAUCUUUUAUUCGCUAGAGGACAGUUGUCCAACGAUUAAGCAAAUUAGUUACUAGUAUGAGGUCAGCUAUUUUAACUUUUAGUAUUGAAAUAUUCUAAGUGUAAUCUUUUUCCAAUAGCUUUGGAUGUUGAAUAAAAUCUGAAUUUUAAGUUUUUAA